ACAUAUUCUUCUAAUUUGUGAACCAUACCCUUUGCGCCUAAACACUGUCAACAUGUUUUUGAAACUAAGUUUAUUACCCGUAUUCCUUAUUACUCUAGCCGAAAGUCAAACUUUGAGAAGUGUAAGCGACGAUGAUUUGUUACAGUUGAUAAAAGAUAGAGAAAAACUUAUUGUUUUGUUCACUAGACCUAAUUGUGACACUUGUAACAAGUUUGAAAAACUGCUGGAAGGGCUCCACUCGGAUUUCAAUAAACACAUGAGUGCUGAGACAGUGAAAGCUGUGAACAGUCACUUGGCACGUCUCUACAAUCCCACCAAAGAACCGGCCCUUGUUUUCUUUAGACAUGGGAUACCUUUACUUUAUAGUGGUGAGCCAGAUGAAAAUGAAAUCUAUGGCUUCUUUGACAAGAAUCAAACUCCAGCUGUGAAGGAACUUACAGAUAAAAUAUUUGAGCACAUAACACAGGCUGCCACUGGGGCCACUACUGGGGAUUGGUUUAUUAUGUUCUAUGGUGCCUCGUGUGUAGAAUGUCAGCGUCUGCAUGCAGUGUGGGAAGGAGUAGGCGCGACGCUGCGCGGGCGCAUCAACGUGGCGCGCGUUGACGCAAAUCUCGCCGGCGCUAACACUGCCAAACGCUUUCAUGUGUCCAAAUUACCAGCUUUCUUAUUUUUCCGUCUGGGAAAAGUCUACAAAUACGAUUUGCCAAAGAAUGACGUGAAGUCCUUUGUAGCAUUUGCUCAAGAUUGGUACAAAAAUUCCAAAGGAGAACCCGUGCCUCUCCUAGCUUCGCCAUUCGAUGAAAUAGUAGAGUGGUGCGUCGUGAUGAUCAAGUUCAGCAUGGCUUAUGGUCUAGACAUCCUCGCAAAAUAUCCAUGGAUCUGGCAAAUCGGCGUCGUGGGAUUCGGUCUAGUAGCCAUAACAGCUCUCAUAGCAUUGGUAAAAGCGAGAGCACGACCCACAAGGGAAACGAAAAAAGACAAGAAGAGCAAGUAACUUGAUGCAUCGCUUGGGCUUGCUUCUAAUAUCGCCCUUAUGACGCUAAUGGACGUGAUUUACAAUUUUGAUUUAGCGUAUUUACAUCGCAAUAUAGAUUCUACAUGGAAGAAAUAAGUUUUUACCGCUGUUGUAAAUUAGGUUAAUUCGUGUUAGAGGGGAUAAUAAUGAGUAGGUUUCAUUUAUUAACAUAUACAAACAAAACAAAACAUUUUUAAACAUGUGACAAUGUUAUGCAUUAUUUUAUUUCAACAUGUCAUCAUAUAUGGAGCAAACAAAAAAGCUACUUAAUGUAGUUUUUAGGCUGUUUAUAUAAAACUUCCUAUACAAGUGAUUUAAAUAUUAGCAAAGUCUAUAGUAUCUACGUUUACCAAUGCAUUUAUUAUUUUAAUACUUUUGUAUCUUUAUUUUAUUUAUCGUAAUGAUAGUGAUGUCAUUAUGUGGGAAUUAAGAUUAUUGAGUGAAU